UCUAUAUAAGGUGCGCCAAGUCCGCGGCGCUGUCCAUCCAACUCCACACCAACACACACCACCGCCACCGCCACUGCACUCCGGCGACCCGCGAAGAUGCAGAUCUUCGUCAAGACGCCGUCGGGGAAGACGAUCACGCUCGAGGUCGAGGGCGGCCACGGCAUCGCCGACGUCAAGGCCAGGAUCCACGACAAGGAAGAUGUGCCGCCGGAUCAGCAGCGCCUCAUAUUCGCAGGGAAGCAGCUGGAAGAAGGCCACACGGUGGCGGACUACAACAUCCAGAAGGAGUCCACGCUUCACCUCGUGCUCCGCCUCCACGGCGGCAGGGGCGGCACCGGCAAAGGGGGAACCUACCCACCGAUCGAGCCCAACCUCCUUCAGCUCGCCCUCAAGUACAGGCAGCGUAAGCUCAUCUGCCGCAAGUGCUAUGCACGCCUUCCCCUCAGGUCUGCCAACUGCCGCAAGAAGAAAUGUGGCCACUGCAACGAGACGAGGACCAAGAAGAAGCUGAAACCCAGGGACCCAUGAAGCACUGCACUGGCCAGCAAGAGAAAGGGAUACCCAAGUGACACGCACCAGCUGAAUUUACCCUACCGUCUCCUUAUAUUAGCUUCUUGAUUGAUACCAUAGUAUCUUCUUGUUACCAGUAGUACCUUUUAAGUUCCUGCUGCUGCUGGGUUUUAAACACCCUAAAUGCGUACUCUAGCUGAAUAGUACUCCCUAUGGAUUCCUGUUGCGUCAUGGGUUCUGUUGAUGACCCCCUAAAUACUCUCGAUGGUGAUGCAGUGCUUAAGGGAUGCUAGUUACAAAUUCCUGCUGUUAUCAUCACAUGGGUUCUGUUCUGUUGGAAUAGAUGAUGAAUGGAUGCUUCUCCAGUUUACAUGGCA